GGCAAAAAGUACAAAUUUCUGCAAUUGUCAGACAGUACAUUGAUAAUAGUUACAAUCUGACACAUAUUGCCGAAAUUAAGAAACCAUCAAAUUUCCUGCUUGACAAAAACUCAAAAAACGCGACAGGACGAUGACGGCUAAGGGGGAAACGAGCGGCAAUGGCAGCGAGGAAAAUAACCUGACAACACUGCCAAUACCGGAUAUCCGCACCUCACCGAUGCCCAAUGGCAAUAAUGGCAACCAUGGCACCCACAAGACCUCCCUGGUCGUCGAGAGCCAGCCCAAGCGGCGUGUCAGCAUCAUAUCGGAUGCGCCGAUGAUCAGUGCCAGUGGCGGUGCCGCCGGUUACGACAAUCUCGCCUAUGAGCAAAAUCCCAGACGCAAAAUAUCCCAGACCUCGACACACUCGCACACAGAGAUCGGGCCAUCGAGAAGGCGGAGUAUCUUAAAAGAGCCAUCGCAGCAUUAUAACGAUAAUGAAAGCGAUCGUGGAUCCACGCACAGCUUUGAAAACCACAGGCAGAGUGCAUUGGAUGUGUUCAAUGGAAAGUAUCAGGGCCAUAUGCAGACUAGCUCUCAGGAUACGAGUGCCGCUAAUUAUGUGGAAGAAUCUUGGAUUUACACAUUCUGCGUUAAAUGUCGGGGCGAUGAGCCAUCCGAGGCAUGGGAGCCAUCAUUCUGGCAAAAGGUCUUUCCCUAUCCACUGUGUCCCACUUUCAGGACAUUCUCUCGUCUUUGUGUUCUCAUUCUGAUUGGUUUGCUACUUUGGAUUGUGGCAUUUGUGAUUAUUGGGGACACAGCUGCCCCUGGCGGGCAGCUCUUCAGUCUAGUGGUGCUUACAGUGGCUGCCAAUUUUGGUGGUUAUCUGAUAUCAUUGACCACCCUGCCAAGGUUGAUUGGUAUGCUGCUGGUGGGCAUACUCUUUCAGAACGUUGGCUGGGUGGAUCUCGAUGGUGACUUCUCGAAAGUAACGGGCCAUCUGCGCAAGUUUGCCUUAACCAUAAUCCUGAGUCGAGCUGGUCUCGAAAUGGAACCGGAGGCCUUCAAGAAAGUCUACAAGACCAUUCUCAAGCUGGGCAUUGUGCCGUGGAUGGUGGAAGCCGCUGUCAUGACGAUCAUGUCACACUUUCUGCUCGAUCUUCCAUGGAUCUGGGGCUGUAUGCUGGGCUCAAUCAUUGCCGCCAUCUCGCCAGCGGUAGUUGUGCCUUGCCUGUUCCGGCUGCGCACCAAGGGAUAUGGCGUUGUCAAGGGCAUACCCACACUAGUGAUUGCCGUGGCCGGAGUGGAUGAUGCUCUCUCUGUGGCAAUCUUUGGCAUCGUCAGCACGAUUAUGUUCUCGGACAAGGGAUUGGGCUACCAGAUUGCUCAGGCACCAGUCUGCAUCCUAGGCGGUCUGGCCUUUGGCGUCAUCUGGGGCUCGGUGUCUCGCAUCUUUCCCGAGAAAGGGGAUGCCUAUGUGGUACCGUUGCGCACUUUGAUGCUCUUUUCUGGCAACCUGGUGGCUAUCUAUGGCAGUGAGGAGUUGGGCUUUGAGGGAGCUGGUCCGUUGGGCGUUGUCUUCUCAUCUUUCGUAUCGAAUCUGUUUUGGUGCAAGGAUGGCUGGGAGGUCGAUGAGAAUCCCGUAUCAACCGCAUUUGAGAUCUUCUGGAUGAUCUUCGAGCCCAUUCUAUUUGGCCUAACCGGUGCCACCAUCAUUAUCAGCGAGCUGGACUCGCAAACAGUCUCAAUUGGAGCAGGCUGUAUAUUCGCUGGCGUCAUCAUACGCAUCUUUGUCACAGCUGGCAUCGCUGUUGGCGAUCGUCUCAAUACCAAGGAGAAGUUCUUUAUAGGCCUCUCCUGGAUGGCCAAGGCGACGGUUCAGGCUGCAUUGGGACCGGCGGCCUUAAAGCAUCUGGGCAGCGAUGCAACUGCAGAAGAGCGCAAGUGGGCAGAAAUUGUGCAGACAGUUUGUGUGUUCAGUAUUGUGCUGACAGCUCCACUGGGCGCCAUUCUGAUAUCCGUAACUGGCAGCCGUAUGCUGACCAAGACGAAACAGCCGCAGAUCUUGUCCGGCUGGCGACGCAGUCAUCGUCCCUCUAUACGCGAUAUCAGUAUUAUCGAUGAGGAGGAGGAACGAGAAGAUCCCGAGUUGCCCCGAGACAAGGAAACGGAUGAAAAUACGCAAAGUAAUGCCCAUUUAUCAUAUACCGCAAAUAAAUAGUGAAACCCUGGAUGGGAAUUGCGUGAAGCUCCAGAUUUUUGUUGUAUUAAGAUACGAUGUUGAUAGUUAUACUACGGCAAUAUUUAGGAUAGGGACUUGCAUUCCAAAUAAAUAAUAAGUGAGCAGAACGAAAAAAUAAAAACAACUUAUUUAC